CCGAGGAAAACAAGGCCUGGGUUCUAAGCUGCACGUACAAAUGCAGUGAGUCGUCUUCCUUUGCCACUGUGAGAAAUCUUGUCGUUUUAAUCGCAAUGUGGAAAUCUUAGUUUUGAUCAAACAUCGAAAUGCAAGAACUCGAGAGGUGGCCCAUAUUCAGUCUUCUCGAUGAAGAGUUUUUGGCAUCUUUCAGGAUAGCGUGUGUUUUUGGCAGUGCAGGAAACGAAGCCCUGGUUGUCACAAGAGACGAUGAUGUUUACGCUUUAGGAUCAAACGGCAGUAGCUGUUUAGGAGUCGGUGAUGCUCAGAGUUGUCUUCAUCCAAGAAAAGUGGAGGCGUUGUGUAAGAAAAAUGUGGUGUCCAUGGCUUGUGGUAGUGGCCCGCAUGUACUUGCAGUCUCAGCCUCGGGAGAAAUAUACACAUGGGGCCAUAAUGGAUACAGUCAGCUUGGAAAUGGAAAUACAAACCAAGGCUUGAUCCCUUCACUUGUGACUUCUGGAUUACAAAUGAAAAAAGUUAUCCAAGUUGCUUGUGGAAGCCAUCACUCUCUAGCUCUCACUGACGACGGUGAGGUUUUUGCCUGGGGAUACAAUAACUGUGGACAGAUUGGUCUUGGAAAUACCAACAAUCAGACCGUGCCCAGGAAGAUAAAUUCAUGUUUACAGCUGAAGCAUAUAAGCAUGAUUGCCUGUGGUCAGACAUCUUCCAUGGCUCUCUCAGAUGCAGGAGAGCUGUUUGCCUGGGGUUAUAACGGCAAUGGUCAGUUAGGAGUUGGUAACAAUGCCAAUCAACUGACACCAUGCAAGGUCAUUGGACUUGUUGGAACAAUAACAACACAGAUUGUUUGUGGCUAUGCCCACUCGCUAGCCUUAUCAGAUGCUGGAUGUCUAUAUGCCUGGGGAGCAAACUCUUAUGGACAGCUAGGAACAGGAAACAAAGCACAUUUAGUGACACCGACCAAGAUUGGCCUGGAUAAAGGAAGAUUUGUAGAAGUUGCUGCCUGUCAUUACAGUCAUUUAUCAGCCGCUAUGACAGCCACUGGAAAGGUUUACAUGUGGGGCCAGUGUCGAGGACAAGCUGUAACAAGUCCUAUGGAAACAAAGUUCACAAAGGUUGAUAGCACCUUUGCUUGUUUUGCAUCACCUCCAUCUAUGUUUAGACCUCUUGUUGUGGAUCAAAUACAAGAAAAGAGAGUUGAACAGAGCGUCAAAGAGGCAUUCAACGAUCAGGAAACAAGCGAUCUAACAUUCAUGAUUGACGGGAAGGCUGUCCACGUCCAUAAAUCUGUACUGAAAAUAAGGUGUGAACACUUUCGGAGCAUGUUUCAAGCUCACUGGGGAGAGGAUGAAAAGAACGUAAUAGAAAUCACUCAGUUCAGUUAUCCUGUGUAUUACGCUUUCCUUGAGUUCCUGUACACAGAUCACGUGCACCUUCAACCUGAGGAUGCCAUUAGUCUCCUUGACUUGGCAAACUCGUACUGUGAAACGCAGUUAAAAUGCCUGUGUGAACGCAUCAUCAAACAAGGCAUCACUGUCGACAAUGCCGCCAUGCUGCUAGCGGCAGCACUGAAAUACGAAGCCCAGGAUCUCGAGGAUAUCUGCUUCAAGUUCUGUGUCAAUCACUUGACAGCUGUCACUCAAACUGAAGCUUUCAAUCAUCUGGAUGAGGAAACUGUCAAGGCGUUUAUUCAGAAAGCGGCCAAAUGGGGAGCUUUUAAAUAUUGACGCUAGGAAGUGAAUAGUAGUAUGUCACCUUUCAUGAUAGAGGAAAAUGGCCUUAUUACGUUCCUUGUCUUGUCUUGUUUGCAAAGUUUACAAGCUGUUUACAGAGGGGUUGAAGAGAUGUCCUGGGAGCGAAGUUGAGCGGGCGUCCGAGCAAGUGCGGCUCUCCCCAGCUCCUUUUCUUGAACUUUUCGUCGGCCGUGAAGUUGAGCCCUACUCGCAACCUCGUUUCCAGGGCUUUUCCUGACAACGAGAUUGCCCUAAUCGCCCGAGGCCUCUCGCUUGAACCAUUACCUGGAUCUUUUACUAAGUUUGCCUCUUGUAAACUUGAUAUCAGAAUGCUAGCAAAACAAAAAAAAAAAAACGUGACCGUUUAAAGACACUGACUUUUUCAACGUUUCCUUCCAACUGUAGUAUUUUACUGUGGCUGUGCCUGAUGUACCAUAAGUUAUAUUUAACGUAAAUUCACAAAAAAUCCUUCUGGAUAGAUUCUCAAAGUUAAACGGUGAAAUUGCGCAUAAUAUAUAUCAAAGUACAAAAUGAUUGAGCAAUGUUUAAGAAAGUAUUUAAUGAUUAUUGUAUAAUUUGUAAAUCAUAAAUUGAAUGAUGUUUCAGUAGUGUAUUUAUUGCUAUAGUAUCUGAAAACUAAUAUAUUAAAGGUCGUCUGCAGUAAUAAA